AUGUAUCGGCCAAACUUUUACGAAAGCACCUGCUUUCGGUGCAACGAGAUUGUGUACCAAGUGGACAGAGUUGGACCGCUAAAGGACUUCACAUUCUUCCACAGUGGAUGCUUUAAGUGCGCUGUUUGUGGCACAAAAUUGACUUUGAAGACAUACUACAACAACCAACACUGGACAGAGGAUAAAGAAGUAUACUGUUCGAGCCAUGUUCCUAAAAUCGGUCCUGGCCAUCUUGACAACUCAUCCGUGGGCAUCCGAAGUGCACUGAAUGUUCCAAAAAGUAACAACUAUGUGAAUGAACAGAUCAGAGGCCACGCUAGAAACAGUCAUGAAACUGAACUGUCACCAAUCAGAGCCACAAAUGGCAACAGCGUGCAAGCCUCCCCAGCGCGUGAGUUGUCAAGAGAUACUCCAGACUACCAAUAUGGAAGGUUCGACGCAAGCGCAUUACACAUCGCACACGCUCUCAAACAGACAGAGCUUCAGAAGGCCUACCACAGACCGAGAGAGAAACCCAUUGAUUGCUAUUUGGUAAGUCACUAA